CUGUGAUGGACGUCGUUGCUUCUGCACCACUCGUAUUGAUGGCCUCUCUCUCUCUCUCUUUCUACGUGUGUGGAGAAGCUGUGAUGGACAUUGCUGCUUCUGCACCACUCGUUUUGAUGGCCCGUUAAUCACAUUCAUAUAAUGUAUCCGAUCACUAAAGGAAGCAGAAGAUCCCCUCCCGAUGGCGGGAAAUUCCACCGCUCUUCUUUUCCUUCCGCAAUCUGCUUCCUCACCUUCUUUUCAAUCUCUUCUCCCAACGAGAAUAUCCCCACAGAAAAAAACUGCUUCUCGAAUCCCCGCGCGAAGAAAACCGACUUCUCUGGCUCGAGCUGAUCUCGCCGAUGGCGAAAACGUACGGAAGGAGGAUAUCAUCAUUGUUGGAGCUGGAAUCGCUGGUCUUGCUACAUCACUCUCUCUUCACAGGCUUGGCGUGCGGUCCCUGGUGCUGGAGCAGGCGGAAUCACUUCGGAUCAGCGGGACCUCAUUGACCCUCUUCAAGAACGGUUGGCAUGUGCUGGACGCCAUUGGAGUGGGCGACAAUCUCCGGAGACAAUUUCUUGAAAUUCAAGGGAUGGUGAUUAAAUCAGAAGAUGGGAGGAAGUUGCGAUCAUUCACAUUCAAGGAUGAAUCUGUGGGUCAAGAAGUUCGUGCUGUGGAAAGAAGGCUGCUUUUGGAAUCUGUUGCUAAUCAGUUGCCAGCAGAUACGAUCUGUUUUUCAUCAAGGCUGGCAGAUAUUAGAAGAACCGAAACUGGCGAAACAUUAUUGGUACUUGAUGACGGCACAAGAUUACUUACAAAGAUUGUAAUUGGCUGUGAUGGUAUCCGGUCACCAGUUGCAAAAUGGAUGGGAUUCUCUGAACCUACCUAUGUUGGGCACUGUGCUUUCCGUGGGCUUGCUUUCUACCCCAAUGGCCAGCCAUUCGAACCGAAACUGAGCUACAUAUACGGAAGGGGCUUGCGCGCUGGUUUUGUUCCAAUUUCUUCUACCAAGGUUUAUUGGUUCAUCUGCUUCAACAGCCCAUCUCCAGGGCCAAAGAUCACAGACCCAGAUGUGUUGAAGAAGCAAGCUCAGGAACUAGUGAGGAACUGGCCUUCAGAGCUGUUAGAUGUCAUAGAGAGCACUCCAGACAACACAAUCAUCAAGACACCACUUGUGGACCGGUGGUUAUGGCCAGGGGUGAGCCCAUCAGUGUCAACUGGUGGGGUGGUGCUGGUGGGUGAUGCAUGGCAUCCCAUGACUCCCAAUCUCGGGCAAGGUGCUUGUUGUGCAUUGGAAGAUGCUGUUGUCCUGGCCGGGAAGCUCGCGGGUGCACUCGGAGGCGGGCCGCAGCAUGUCGAAGAAGCAUUCAAGGAAUAUGGUAGAGAGAGAUGGGCUCGCAUUUUUCCGUUGACCGCACGUGCCAACCUCGUUGGGUCCCUUCUACAGUGGGAGAAUCCAGUGGGGUGCGCCAUUCGGAACAAUAUCGUCAUCCCAAAGCUGGUGAGGCUGGGACCGUUGCUGGAGCACACGAAUUACGAGUGUGAAUUGCUGAAAUACAAUGCAUGAAUCAGAUGAGGUAUUACACAAUGGUGGACCAGAAUAUCUACAAUGCACUUGGAUUUUGAGUUUUGUUCAGGUGGGGAUCAUGUUUCAAUGACCCCAGCUGUUGAUAUGAUGGGCCCCACCAUUGAUGCCCCAUGUACAAAAAAUCUACUAGAUAGAAAAAUCAAUAUAAAAAUCAAGUCAUUUCCUUUUUCAACAA